GAUAGGCCCGCCCGACUGGCAGGAAGCACUCUGAGAAAAAGGGGGAGGAAAAAAAAGAAAAGAAUAUUCAGAGCCGGCAGAAACUCUGACGCCAGGGAUCAGUUUCAGAUUUUCUCCUACACACAAGCUUCAAGUGUAGGCUGCGACUUCUUAUGUCAGCGCAUAUACAUUUUUCCGUUGCUUGAUGGAAACGCGCAAUCAUAAAAAAUGGUUGCAUUUGGAGACCAUCCGUGAACGCGAUCUGACAUCUGUGCGUCAGAAAGGACACAUCUGUAAGGACUGCUGGCGUGUGAAGAGUCCUCGCUGUACACCUUUCUAGCAGCGCGGGAGUGAAGGUGACUUGAGCUCCGACGCAGUGAAGGCAAUGCGGAGAGGAGCCACAGGCGCUCUCCCUGUACUCUUUCUGCGCCCUCAGGCUCGUCUGGGAUUUUUUUUCUCCCUCUCCCACAAUAAGCAGAGGUAGAGACACAGAGCAAUAAGAAUACGUCGGGUUUCUGCAGGAGAAGGUGAACUGGGUAUAUAGGAAGGGAAUAAGGUGAAUGAUAAAGGGUGCAGGGUGGGAGAAGAGCAGCAGCAGAGUUUCUUUUUGUUUGUUUUGUUUUUAUUAUUACUAAUAUUUGUGGCUGGGAUCGGGCAAAAUCCUUCUGUUUUGGGGUUGUUUUAAUAGUGGAUGUGUAUGCAUGAGUUCUGCAUCGAAUGGGCGCAAAAACCGCCCCAGAUCCGCCGGGAACAUCUUCCAGAUCGGCAAGCCUCCAUGCCGAGACCAGCAACGGAGGGAGAGCACCGAGAGUACCCGCAGAGCCCAGCGCGCCGUGGCCGACUGCAGAAUGAUCGUCCAAGAAUUCAACACACUUGUAGCUUUGUACCGUGAGCUGGUCAUCUCCAUUGGUGAAAUCACUGUUGACUGUCCUUCCUUGCGAGCCGAAAUGCUGAGAACCCGAACCAAAGGCUGUGAAAUGGCAAGGGCAGCACACCAGAGUCUCUCCUUACUUUCAGGGCCAGAGGACGGAGAAAUCCACCCUGAGAUAUGCAGGCUCUUCAUACAGUUACAGUGCUGUCUGGAAAUGUACAUCACAGAGAUGUUGAAAUCUGUCUGCCUAUUGGGAUCCCUGCAGCUUCACAGAAAAGGUAAAGAUUCAUGUACUCCCGGAGUCGAUUGUAAAACUGAAGACUCUGAGAUCCCAAUCCUGGAGGACACCUCUUCCUCACCCACUGAUUGUCCUCAGCUCUGUUGGCUAGUGGCUAGUGACAUAGAAAGCAUUGAAAAGGAUAUGAGAGAUAUGAAGAACCUUCUAAGUAAACUCAGGGAGACAAUGCCUUUACCACUUAAGAACCAAGAGGAAAAGGCGCUUCUUUGGGCUCUGUUGUCUGGUAACCAGCUAAAGUCCCCACCUUCUUACGUAGGAGUGGACAACAAAGACACCAUCACCCACUGUCUCUCACCGCUCGUGUCUGCCACCAAUCUACUACUGCCAUUUUCAAAAUGUAAAAUCCUUUUUUUUUUUUUUUCCAAGGCUGCCCAUUUAAAAAUUUUAUUUUGUAACACAAUUGAUAAUAUUAACUGCAAUUUAAUGAUAUAAAAAAAUCAUAAUUUAUUCAAAGAAAUUUUGCAAAGGCUUUUUCCAUUUUAUAAGACGUAAAAUAAAUCUGCUACUUUAUCAGUUUUAAAAGAAGAAUGACAGAUCAUCUGAAGCAAUGUCACAGUUUGAUUAUUUCCGCAGUCUGGAACGAAUUAAGCUUUUCAAAAAGGGAAUUUAAAUGUCCGUGUUGUCAGAAUUAUUGUGAUAAUGUAUGAAUAAAUGAUUUUGAAAGUUUGAAGGCCGCGCUCCAGUAGACGAAGGGAUGCCUUUGUCAAAUAUUAGAUGAGAAGUUUGUGCAGAAAUGUUGGUUGUCUAUUAGUCUGUUUUUGUUCCUUGCCGUUUUUAUUCUUCUCAAUGUACUUAAUUUAGUCUUCCAUUUACCAAGAACUUGUAUCUGACUUAAACUUUCCAGCUUCAAAUGAAAUAUAUGAUACAUUACUCAAACAAAAAAUUCUUUGCACACAAUAUCUAUCUUUAAAGAUGUUAGACCUGUACAUAGACAUACUCUUUACGCAAGACUCUAAUUAGUUUGAAAGCUGAAGCUGGUUAGCCAACGGUGCUGGAUUUGAGGUGAUAAAAGAUGGGAGCAUCCUGUUCUGACAAAGGCUGCACUUAUUUGAAUGACAAGAAGAUACGGUUCUAGAAGCUGUAAUAGGUCAUUUUACAUUGUUAAUAAAACUUUCUUAUUU